GGAGUUAGAUAGAUAAUAAGGUAGAUGUCCACCAGCAGCAGCGUAAACAUCCUCUGGGAACGCCGGGAUCAACACUCCAUACAUUGACCUCUUAUUUACACCACCAACAUGCUUCAGUUAGAUUUCCUGGAUGAUUUGAGACGUAUGAACAUACGUCAGCUCUUCUAUCAAGUGCUGAACUUUGCUAUGAUAGUUUCAUCAGCGCUUAUGAUUUGGAAGGGACUGAUGGUUGUCACAGGCAGUGAAAGUCCCAUUGUAGUGGUGCUCAGUGGGAGCAUGGAACCAGCAUUUCAUCGUGGGGAUCUUCUCUUCCUAACCAACUAUGACCACGAACCCAUCCGUGCUGGGGAGAUUGUAGUCUUUAAGGUUGAAGGACGAGAUAUUCCAAUUGUUCAUCGUGUCAUGAAGGUUCAUGAAAAAGAAGAUGGAACUGUAAAGUUCUUGACAAAGGGUGACAACAAUAAUGUAGAUGAUCGUGGUCUGUAUGCCAAUGGACAGGCUUGGUUAAAUCGCAAAGAUGUUGUGGGACGAGCGCGAGGCUAUGUUCCAUUCAUUGGCAUAGUGACUAUCAUCAUGAAUGAUUAUCCAAAGUUUAAGUAUGCUGUAUUAGCUGGUUUAGGGAUAUUUGUACUUAUACAUCGAGAAUGAAGUGGAAUACCUUAACUCUGACAAAACACAAUAAGGACUUAAAUAUAAUUUUUUCAUAAAUAUUGUUUACAUGGUACAGUAUUUCCAUAUAUAAAAGAUUCUUAAUAUUUGAAACUGAAGAUAUUUAAUAAAAAUUUUAAUGGGAUCUGAUGUAAGCAGUUUAAUAAUUCCUUAAACAAUUUUAUACCACUCAAAAUGUGAGAAAGUAUUUAAAGGAAAGCUGCCUUCUAGUGUUUUAAUUUAUUAAAUGGGAAAACAAUAGCAAAUAAAAACAUUUUGCUUAGAUGAAUUAAUGCAAAAUAUAACUGCUGAAAACUGGUACUGUAUGAGGGUAAGUGUACAGAGUGCAAAAUAAAGACGUGCCCUUGCAGCAUGGUCUGUGUGUCAGUAUACCUGUAUAUGAGCGUGUUCAAAUGCGGAUGUGACUACUUUAGUGCUCGUGCAACUGAUUAUUCAUAUGUAUUUACUUAGAGGUAUGCAUGCAUGAUUGUAUAGAUGUCCGUGCUUUCACAAACAUUUACAGUCCUGGAAAUCACUUAGCUUGGCACAGAGUCAGAUCUCGUGGACUAUUUUUUGUCAUUAAUGUAGGAUGAAUACUAAUUGAAAUCUGUUGUUUGCUAUAUUCAGAUUACAUGUGGGUGGGUUUUUUUUUUUUUUAAUUUAUCAUUUUCCAAAUGAUUUUGUAUGAAGUCAAAAUAUACUUUGGAUCAAAUGUUGCCAAAGUAAGAGGACACUUUAAUGUCAGUAUUGCUGAUCAUUGUUUCUAUUUAUAUAGAAGCCUCGCUUUAAUUUGUGAUUUCACUUCUGUGGUCCUAAAGGAUAUUAAAGCUAUAAUUUUAUUUUUAAUUUUGAGCCUCAUUUGAUUUGGUAUUAAGAAUGUGUGAUUUCAUUAUAGGAAUUGGAGGUGAUGGGUUUCAUUUUUUUUUUAAUUAUAUUUUUAUGCAUCUUGGUUAUUAGAUUGUUUAGAUAAUCACAGCUUUCUAAAUGUAAAGGGUAUAGUAAGUAUUCCUCUUUCCUUUAUGAUCAGUAAAUGUUAGUCUAAUUAGGGUUAAUAUUACAUCUCAUAAAAUAAUCGUAAAGCACUCCUUCCCAACCGUGACAGUUUUGGAAAUGGGUGAACAUUUUUACACAACUCAUCACUAAUUAUGUUGAUCUUGAUUUCAUUUGUUUUAAUCCUCUUGGAAAGGUGGUUAUUGGGGGUUAAUGAUUUAUAUAUAUAUAUUUUGUAUAUUAAAAUUUAUCAGCUUUUCUACAAAAGGUAUAAAAUACAGGCAAUUGAGAUAGUUACUCUUGUUGCCAAGUGAAAGAGAAGCAUUUAAUAAUUAUAUGAAGUCUUCACCUUAGUCCUGUAUUGCAUGAAUGUUUAUACUUUGAAAAUUUGACACACUCACUGUAAAGAUGAACAAAUUCAGUCUUUUAGUGAUGUAUCAGUCACAUUCUCAAGAGAACAGUUAAGGGAAUUAGCUAUAGGUGGCUUGCACACAGGAUUGCACAUCCUCUGAACUGGACUUUGCCAUGUGGCUGUUGUGUGACACUAACUUAGUGUGUCAUCAUAGAUGAAAACUAGCAUAACAGGUUUUAUUAACAAGUGAAUAGUUCUAUAGCACUAAGUGCCCAUACUGGUUUAAUGCUUUUAUGAAAAUAAUAUUGUGAUUGUGCCCAGCUUAUGUUUUGGGCUUUAGUUCAGAUCACAAUUGGCAUUUGUUUGAGAUUUUUUUUUCAGUCACUGAUUUCCUUGUAACACUUAUUCAUAGUUAUUAACCAAUCACCUGAUGAUUAAAAUCUUUCUUCUUUCAACACACCAGCCAUUUCCCACUGAGGUGGGGUGCCCCAAAAGGAAAAAUGAAAGUUUUGCCUUUUAAAUUUAGUAAUAUAUACAGAAGAAGGAGUUACUAGCCCCUUGCUCCUGGCAUUUUAGUCACCUCUUACGACACGCAUGGCUUACAGAGGAAGAAUUUUGUUCCACUUCCCCAUGGAGAUAAGAGGAAAUAGACAAGAACAAGAGCUAGAAAGAAAAUAGAAGAAAACCCAGAUGGGUAUGUAUGUAUAUGCUUGUACAGUGGACCCUCGCCUAACGAUAUUAAUCCGUUCCUGAGAGCUCAACGUUAGGCGAAAUUAUCGUUAGCCGAAUUAAUUUUCCUUAUAAGAAAUAAUGGAAAUCAAAUUAAUCCGUUCCUGACACCCCAAAGUAUGAACAAAAAAAAAAUUUUACCACAUGAAAUAUUAAUUUUAAUACACACAAACUGAAGAAGACAUGAACAGUUACAUGACACUUACCUUUAUUGAAGAUCUGGUGAUGAUUGAUGGGAUGGGAGGAGGGGAGACUGUGGAGACUGUCCUUUUCCGGGGUUACUUCCCUUCUUUUAAUGCCACUAGGACCAGCUUGAGAGUCGCUGGACCUCUGUCGCACAACAUAUCUGUCCAUAGAGGCCUGUACCUCCUGUUCCUUUAUGACAUUCCUAAAGUGUUUCACAACAUUGUCAGUGUAAUAGUCACCAGCACGGCUUGCAAUAGCUGUGUGAGGGUGAUUUUCAUCAAAAAAGGUUUGCACUUUAAGCCACAUUGCACACAUUUCCUUAAUCUUUGAAGUAGACAACUUCUUCAAUUUCUCUAUCCCCUCCUCCGGAGCAGUUUCCUCAGGUCUGGCCUCUUGCUGUUGAAGAUGAUCCAGCAGCUCGUCAGUGGUUAGUUCGUCAUUGUCCUCUACUAAUUCUUCCACAUCCUCCCCACUAACCUCCAGCCCCAAGGACUUCCCCAAUGCCACAAUAGAUUCCUCAACUGGCAUAGAAUUCCCAGGGUUAGCCUCAAACCCUUCAAAAUCCCUUUUGUCUACACAUUCUGGCCACAGUUUCUUCCAAGCAGAGUUCAAGGUCCUCUUAGUCACUUCCUCCCAAGCCUUACCUAUAAUGUUUACACAAUUGAGGAUGCUAAAGUGAUCUCUCCAAAACUCUCUUAGAGUCAAUUGAGUUUCUGAGGUCACUACAAAGCACCUUUCAAACAUAGCUUUUGUGUACAGUUUCUUGAAGUUGGAAAUGACCUGCUGGUCCAUGGGCUGCAGGAGAGGAGUGGUAUUAGGAGGCAAAAACUUGACCUUAAUGAAGCUCAUUUACGCAGAAAGUCGCUCUGCCACGUCUGAAGGAUGACCAGGAGCAUUAUCUAAUACCAAGAGGCACUUAAGGUCUAAUUUCUUUUCAGUUAGGUAAUUUUUCACAGUGGGGGGGCAAAUGCAUGGUGUAACCAGUCAUAGAAAAAGUCCCUAGUGAGCCAUGCCUUACUGUUUGCCCUCCACAGCACACGCAAAUUAGCCUUGAGGACAUUGUUUUUCCUGAACACACUGGGAGUUUCAGAGUGAUACACCAAUAAAGGCUUCACUUUGCAAUCACCACUAGCAUGAGCACACAUCAACAGAGUAAGCCUGUCUUUCAUAGGCUUAUGUCCUGGGAGUGCCUUUUCCUCCUGAGUAAUGUAGGUCCUGCUUGGCAUUUUCUUCCAAAACAGGCCUGUUUCGUCACAAUUAAACACUUGUUCAGGUUUCAGUCCUUCACUGUCUAUGUACUCCUUGAAUUCCUUCACAUAUUUUUCAGCUGCUUUGUGGUCUGAACUGGCAGCCUCACCAUGCCUUGUCACACUAUGUAUGCCACUACGAUUCUUAAAUCUCUCAAACCAACCUUUGCUGGCCUUAAAUUCACUCGCAUCACCACUAGUUGCAGGCAUUUUUCUAAUUAAAUCGUCAUGCAACUUCCUAGCCUUUUCACAUAUGAUCGCUUGAGAGAUGCUAUCUCCUGCUAUCUGUUUUUCGUUUAUCCACACCAAUAACAGUCUCUCAACAUCUUCUAUCACUUGCGAUCUCUGUUUCGAAAAUAAAGUUGCACCUUUGGCAAUAACAGCUUCCUUGAUUGCCGUUUUCUUGGCCACAAUAGUAGCAAUGGUUGAUUGGGGUUUUGUGUACAACCUGGCCAGCUUGAAGACACGCACUCCACUUUCAUACUUAGCAAUGAUCUCUUUCUUCAUAUCCAUGGUAAUUCUCACCCUUUUUUCUGUAGGGUUGGCACUAGAAGCUUUCUUGGGGCCCAUGGUGACUUAUUUUGCAGGUGCAGUCACUUAAAAGGCUGUGAUAAUAUGAAAUGUUCCAAUUGUAUGCUUGGAAGCGACCGCGGUGGCUGGCUUGUAAACACUGGCACCCACGGAACAAGUGAGGUGGGCUCAGGCCGCACGUGGACGUGUCUCGAACGAAUCGCGUUGAGCGAGUUUUUUAGCGCUAGCCCAGGCAAAAUUUUUGCGUUAAAAUGUAUCGCUAGGCGGAUUUAACGUUAUGCAAUGCAUUCGUUAGGUGAGGGUCUACUGUACAUGUAUGUGCAGUGUGACCUAAGUGUAAGUACAAGUAGCAAGACGUACCUGAAACCUUGCAUGUUUAUGAAACAGAAAAAAGGACACCAGCAAUCCUACCAUCAUGUAAAACAAUUACAGGGUUUUGUUUUACACUCGCUUGGCUGGACAGUUGCUGUCUACCAACCUACUACCUAUAUCUUGCAUAAAUAAACAAUUUUGAUAUGUUUUUGAGUUUUAAGUUUGUAGCCUAAAAUUCAUAGGUCAAGAAAUGUAGGUAUAUGAAAUAACCUGUUAAUAUAAGAUGCCCAAAAUCUUUUGCAAUAAAAAACUGCUUUAUGUAAACCUGAUUAUUCUUAAUUUACUGAAUUUUUUUUUAAUGUUUUUUAGAAAUGUACUUCAAAACAUGGAUUCAUAAGAUUCUUCAUACAGAAUGUGGAAAAAGUUUAAUAUUAAACAAAAAUAUAUUAUAGUACAUUUAUCUGGCUAAGAUUUCACUUAAUUCACAGAAGCCAUUUUUAAUUAUAAUCGUGGAGAAAUAAGAAAAUUGUUGUGUUAAUCAAUGGUUGAACAAAAUAAAAAAGGUAUAAAACUAGUGCUGAUUGUAAUCUGAACAUAAGUUUGGUAAUAAACUGAGUCUAAUUGUAAUUAAUAAAAUAUGAAAGCUUUAUUCCUGGGUGAUAGUCAGUUUCAUCUGAUUGUCAUAAGGAAGUCAGGUCAGUCCAUAGAUGAGGUGCAGUCCUCUUUUAUAUACUGUAUAUAUAUAUACCUGUAUAAGCCACUUGUUACUAAUUUCCUAAAGUGUGCUCAUUGUGAUUAAUACAUGAAGAAAGUAUUUGGAGUUUCUUUUUAUCAUUGUGAUUAGGUUGCAAAAAUAGUUUAUAACAAUCUAGUAAUUGCAGUGUCAAGGUUCUUCACUAAACAUAUACCAUCUAAUAAAACUUUAGAUGGCAAAAUGUAUGUUCACUUUAGAAUCAAAAGUUACAGUGCUGGUAUAUUGUCCAUUUUAUUGGUUUUUCUCAACCUUGACUGCUCAACAAGUGUAUGCAGGUGCAUAAAUAGCAUUAUUGUUUCUGUAAUUGCUAUGUAUACAUAGUAUAUAUUUUUGGGGACAGUCUUUAUGCUGUAAGUGUGUUCAUGCUGACAUGUCAGUUGGUCCUUGCAGACCAUUAAUGUAGAUUAACAAAAAUCAAGUGGAGCUCUUGUACAUACAUAAAAUCUACAUUUUAUGCCAUAUUGUAUCUUUCUUGUGACCUAAAGUGAAUUUAAAAUUAAUAUAUAUAUGUAAAUUUCUUCAGAGUAAGGAAUUCUUUGUAGGAUGUUAUAUAUGUAUUAUUUGUAAAAAUAGCAUGCAUCUUAUGCUAAGUAUUAUGAAUACUGAAAAUAUUUACAAAUACUUUAACUGGAAUUAAACAUAUUUAAGGUUCAGGCAUAAUUCAUUUUUCAGUUUAGUUGACCUUUAGUUGUUACAUUUGACUAAGGUAUAACUAAUAUAAUACUGUACAAAACCUUAAACUUGAAAACCUGUUUAAAGGGAGAAUAGGUAUUGACAGUAAAGUGAGUGAUGCAGGUACAUGGUCAUAUAAGGUCAAUGUUUAUUUAAAACUUGGCAUAAGAGGGAAGGCAACAGGUCCAUGCUGUUUCUUACCCAUGGCACUCAGCCUGCAUCAAUAUCAUCUUGAUAAAGAUUUGGAUGUAAUGGCGUGUGUUAUGUAAGUACUGUACAUCUUAUUUUAAAUUUAUCUUCUGUAUGAAAAAGAAAAAGUUAAAUGCAGACCCAUGUUACUUGAUACUAAACAUUAAUCAUUUAUUUUUAUAAUGGCCUAAUUUUCAUGUGCAAAAUACAGUAUUAAGACAUUUUCCUACCCUCAAGGGAGGUGUCUCGAUGCUAGUGAGGGGCUCUUGGUUCCAAGUACUACACUUUCUCCCCUUGAAUCGAACAAGAAUGCCUCCCAUUCUUGAGGUGCAGUAUAGCCUCAGGUUCCAACUCCCCAUGCUUUGACCUUUUCCUUCAGUUUUAUAUCCCUACUAUGAUACAACUGUAAAUAUUCUUUUAAUUUGUGUAUUGAUGGAUUACACAUUGGACUUGGCCUCCCUUUCCUUGGAUCAAACAUUAAUAACUGUUGGGCACUAUAUGACUUAUGGGUUUAGUGCUUCCUCAUAAAUAUAAUAUGGAUUACCCUGGCCCACAAAAAUCUCAAGAUGUUUUCUUAAGUUUUGUGUGAAGAAUUUUCUAGGCUGGAAGGAUGAUGCAUAGAGCUUUUAAUCAAGGGGAAGCACUAAACCCAUAGGGGUCCUCCAGUGCCUGGGGAAAUAAAGGGGAUUUAGGUUUGAUCCAAGGGGAUAAGCCCAGAUCUUUGGAUCAAAAGCCCCCUCACCAGCAUCAAGGCACCUCUUAGUUGAAGCAUAAAAAAUUGCAGUAAUUCUUUUUGCAGUAAUAGCAUAUUAAUCUUUGAAUGGCUAGAUGUACAGUAUUGUUGUUUGUGGGAAUUUAAAGCAAAAUGCUGUCAUGGACAAAAUAUUUUUUAAAAGUCUGGGAGCUCUGAGAUGGGUGAAUUGCAGCAUUUUCUUAUUCUUGACUGCCUGUUGAUGCUUUGUGCUUAUGGAACUGGUGUGACAUUUUCAUUCCAUCAUUUGAAUAAGAAUUUUUAUAUCA